AUGUGCCCAGAGCUCUACCGUGCCACCUUCUGUGGAGCUGCAGACGAAAUGAUUCAUCUUCUUUCAGAAACAGUACCAGAUAAGCACGACGGCGAGCCAUGCAGUCGCGAGGAGGUCUCCGCGGGACGGAACACGGUGCUUCACAUAGCUGCCGGCCAAGGCCACGUCGAUCUAGUGAGAAGGCUCUUCGAACACGAAGGCGCUGCCCAACUUCUGCGACGCCGGAACUCCAAGUCCGAGACGGCGUUGCACCUCGCCGCAAGGGGGGGACAUCACGAGACGGUCACGGACCUCAUAACACGAAUCAGAGAUCACAAGGUGCUGCAGGUUCUGCUGCAGAAGAACAACAAAGGGGACACGGCGUUGCAUGUGGCGGCGCGUCAUGGGCGCCAGCCGGUGGUGGAGACGUUGAUGGAAGAGUAUCCAGCUUUGUCGUGCGUUGUGAACCGCGCUGGGGAAUCACCGCUGUAUCUUGCCGUGAUAAGCCGCUCAGUUGUUGCCGUGGAAGCUUUGCUCCGAUGUCCAACUGCCUCUCCCUCUGGCCCCAACAGGCAGAAUGCUUUGCACGCAGCUGUUCUACAAAGCGCAGACUCGCAGAACCUCACGCCCUUCUUGACAGAGAGCCCAGUAAGAGGAUGGUUCAGUAGCUGGGUUAUUCAUUGCUUGGACAACACGUAG